UAAUGUGACCACAUCGUUUAAAUUUUUAUUGGAAUUUUAUGAGAUAAAUAAGCACGAAAGUGUCGCAAAUUCAUUAUUUAUGCAUCUGCGUUGGCUAGCGGGUACAUUGCGAACGAGGGAAAUUUCUCUUUGUAAUUCCCCACCGAUCAGCUGGGCACAGAGGGCAUGUUUAUUUAGUUAGCUGAUUCUGACAAAUCUUAGUUGAAAGAGUUUUAAUGAUUUCUGAAUUUAGUCAUCAAUUAUGAGUGAUUAUCAUGGACAGAAUGGAAGUUAAGAGAGACAUUUAUCAACUAUGGCUCCAUUAUAAGGCAAAGAAUGAAGAAGAUUAUUUUCAUCAAUUUGUUCGAGGCUUCGUAUCAAUAUGGGAAGAACAGUUGCAGUUGGAUUGGUCAUCCCUUCCAAAUUGGACCGAUAUCCGCCCGGAUGCUGGCCCUCACCUAUCAAGACUACCAGAAGAAUUACUUACUGCUGUCACCCAGUUCAUGCAACAGGCCAAACAAGAUACAGAGAGAAAAACAUUGAACUGUGGAACAUUGUCAGAAAUCGAACUGAUCAUCAAUCUCCUUACUAUUCUGGCGCGGAACUUGGAUAACAUUCCUCUUGUGGCUUCUUGUGAUUAUGUUUCCAUUAGUAUUGGCAUGGCAGCUACAGUAAUACACCAGCUUGUUGAGGAAAGUGCUCACUUUGGAGAAGCAGGUGUUUCAUUUUUUCUAACCGUUUGUCAUCUACUAGAAGUUUUGUAUGAUCCGUACUUCACUUGGCGCCACUUUUUGCGUGGAAAUGAGGCCAAUUUUGAAAAGAUUGCAUUCCAACCUGCUCUUCUACAUGUAGAAGUCAUUCCAUUUAUUUAUGAUUGUUUUGAAACCAGCUUGAUAGAGAGCUAUCCUCAUUUGGGCUCAGAACUUCUCCACGUUCUUGGUGCAGUGGUUUCAGGAGCCCAGCACAAUGCUCUCCGUGCAAUAUGCCCAGCUACUGUUAAUAUGAUUGUUGCAAUUGUUGACAAUCCGGUCACCCCUACAGAGUUGAGGUACCAUGCUCUGCAAUGUUUUGUACUGAUGGCACGAGUACUUCUCAAGUCAGCGCCUGAUCAGCGCCAAAUAGAGGUGGGAACAAUGGUCCAGCAGUUACGAGAGGUACUACUCCGUGGGGUCAAAGAAGAAAAUUGGACUCCAGACGGUGUUCAUGCAUUUACUCAAAUAGUCUCAGCUAUGAGAGCUUUACUGGCACGACCCGUAUCACUCAAAAGGACCCAAGCUCACAACAUAUCCUACACUCAUGCUCAGGCAUUGCAUGCACACAUGCAACAGCUGUUGAUAGAUUGCCAAAUACCAGAUGCCCUUUUACUUCUUUUGAAGGAAUCUGCUGGCAAGAAUGUGGAGAAACAGUCAAUGGCAGUGGAAGUGGUGCGCAUUGUUUCUGCCCUGUUGGCUGGUUCAAGUACAGUUAAAGAGCGCCUGUUAAAAGCAGAUGUAUAUUCGCGCCUAGCAGAAGCUUUGAGGUCUCUUGGUGAUCCUAAGAGGCCCUUGCUGCGUGCAUUGCUUGCGUUAGCCUCUGAGGAGGAAGGUUUUAGUUCAACUGAGUCGGAGAGCCCUCUUAAAAAUGGUCAUGCACUGCUUAUAUUGCUCCGAUGGCUCCCCGCCGUUCCAGAUGUGGAUCAAGUUUGGCUUGCUGAAAAUAUUGCUAAAUUGUGCAAUGCUUCUCUCCAAAGCCGUGUUGUUUGCUCUGCUCACAAAGUCAUCCUGGAAAUCUGCUCCCUGAUGGAACAGCACACUUCCUUAUCAAGGGCAGCUGUGGGCGAGCUCCUGGGACUUCUCGAAGGCCUUGCGGCGCAUUGCAUCACUCCAAUUGAACUCAAGAGCAUAUUUCUUCUGUUAAGGGAAGGGGAUCCAGAUGAAAAGUGCCCAUAUCAGAGCCAGCUCUUGCACGCAAUCUCAGCUGUGGCUCGUCGUGGGGAGCAUAGUGACUGCCACUACUUCUUUGACAUUCAAAACGACACAGAUGGACUUUCAGUUCCUGGAAUACGAAAAUGGCCUGGUGCAGGGUAUGGCUUCAGCUUCCAUUGUUGGGUCAAACUUGACAGUGAGACUGAAUGUGAUGCUCCAAGCCCACCUAGUCCUGCAAGUCGUACUGCUAGCCCCAGUCCUGUGGCCAGUCCAGCUAGUGUAGUGAGCGGCCGCAGCUUGCUUAGUCCCAUGAUGGGUGCGAGUCCAUCUGCAACCACCCCAACAAGUCCUGCUUCAAGUCAUGCGAGCAGUCGAGUGGAUGCAACUAAUAAGAGAAGACAGCUUUUCAACUUGCUCACAAGCAACAAUACAGGGGUGGAAAUUUUCUUCCGAGCUGAUGGUAUGCUGGUCGUAGCCAUAAGCACCAAAAAGGAGUUCCUGACUGCCACAGUUCCAGACAUCCCUCUAGCUGACAACAGGUGGCACUGCAUUGGAGUUUGCAUAACAAUGGCAAGGCGGCCUUUCGGGCACAACCAGAUUCAAGUAUUUGUAGAUGGUUCUCAACGUUUGGCGGCAUCCAUCAAGUUCCCCUCCAUGAGUGAACCCUUCACGUACUGCACCAUCGGGUCCGUGGUCCAGCGCGGUGCCGCCACGCCGGGCGGCCUGUCUGGCGGUGACGGCACGUCGCGCCGCUCCCAGGCGCAG